AUGCAGCUCCUGGCAUCCCUCAGCCUCUGCCUCUGCGCAGGGUUCAGCACCGCUGUCAUUCCAGCGGAGGAGGAGAAUCCAUCCUUCUGGUACAAGCAGGCAGCUGCAGCCAUUGAUGCCUCCUUCAAUAUCCAGCCGAGGAUACAUGAAGCCAAAAACCUCAUCAUUUUCCUUGGGGAUGGAUUCGGGGUCCCCAGCAUCACAGCCACCCGCAUCCUCAAGGCACAACAGCAGGGGAAGCUCGGCCCUGAGACCCCUCUUGCUCUGGAUGCUUUCCCCUACAUGGCUCUGUCUAAGACCUACAAUGUGGACAGACAUGUCCCUGACAGCGCGGGGACAGGCACAGCCUAUCUCUGUGGGGUGAAGGGCAACUACAAGACCAUUGGGGUGAGCGCAGCCGCCCGCUACGGGGAGUGCAGCACCACAUUUGGCAACGAGGUGAUCUCAGUGAUGGAGCGAGCCCGCAAAGCUGGGAAGGCAGUGGGCAUCGUGACCACGACGCGGGUGCAGCACGCCUCACCCUCGGGAACCUACGCUCACGUGGUGGACAGGAACUGGUACGCGGACGCCAGCAUGCCCCAGGAGGCGCGGCAGCAGGGCUGCAAGGACAUCGCCUGGCAGCUGGUCCACAACGUUGACAUCAACGUGAUCCUGGGUGGUGGUCGGAAAUACAUGACCCCCGCGGGGACGCCGGACCCCGAGUACCCCGCCGACAGCAGCCAGAAUGGGAUACGCGAGGAUGGCAACAACCUCAUCGACAUGUGGCUGGAGGCACGGCCGGGUGCCCGCUAUGUCUGGAACAGGACAGAGAUGCUGGCAGCUGCUGCCGACCCCAACGUGAAUUAUUUGAUGGGUCUCUUUGAACCCGUGGACACAAAGUACAACCUGGUGCGUAACACCACCCUGGACCCGUCUCUCACCGAGAUGACAGAGGCAGCCAUCACCGUCCUGAGCAGGAACCCCAAAGGCUUCUACCUCUUUGUGGAAGGUGGCAGAAUUGACCGUGGCCACCAUGAAGGUUCACCCCUUAAGGCACUGACAGAAGCAGUUGAGUUUGACUGGGCCAUCGAGCGGGCGGGCACCAUGACAGACGAGGCUGACACCCUCACCGUCGUCACCGCUGACCACUCACAUGUCUUCACCUUUGGGGGCUACACCCUGCGUGGCUCCUCCAUCUUUGGUCUGGCGCCUACGCAAGCCAGUGAUGGGAAGAACUACACAUCGAUCCUCUACGGGAAUGGGCCGGGAUACCCCGGCCCUGACCGGCCAAAUGUGGACCCAGAAACAGCCAUGCAGUUUGAUUACCAGCCACAAGCGGCUGUGCCACUGGAGUCAGAGACCCAUGGUGGUGAGGACGUGGCCAUCCUGGCCAAGGGCCCCAUGGCCCACCUCUUCCACGGGGUGCAGGAGCAGACCUAUGUAGCCCAUGCCAUGGCCUACGCCGCCUGCAUCGAGCCCUACACUGACUGCCGCCAGCGGAACUCUGGCCCCGGCACCCGCGGCGCCCCCCUGGCCCUGCUCCUGCCCGCCCUCCUUCUGCACCUCUUCCGCUGAUCCCCUGUUCCUAGGGCACCCCACGGGACACACUCACGUUUUCCUCCCUCCCCACGGUGUGGCACCUGCAGGCAGCUGUCUGAAGCAUCCCUGCUCUGGAUGCAGCAGCUAUGGGGACACCGAGUCCCGGGCAGUGGGGGGUUAAAUAAACACGCGGUGUGACACUGGUGGGACAGGCGUGUUGGUGGAG